AUGUCCCGCUUCAUCAGCGCGUACCACAUCUUGAACGUCGCUGUCAUUGCGUCGUAUCCAUUCUUCUCUCUGUGGGCUCAGCAUGAGUUCCCGAACGCGACCUCGUUGCUCGUCGGGUGGGAAAAGCAAACCUUCACCACCCUCGGCGCCAUGGCGGCGGUGAAGUUCGUUCGAAAGUCCAACAUCGACGCCUUCGUAUCGGAUAUGUUCAUGUACACGAAGUCAGGCAUUUUGCUCCUUUCCUGGAUGAUGGAUCGUCGCGUUUUCAGCUGGUACUGCGUCAUGUACGUAAUGCUCUUUCUGUAUGUGCGAAAGCCGGAGUACAAGGGACCAAGUAAGAUUGAAUGGAUGAAUCCGGCGACGCUGAAGCGACGAGUGCUUGAACCGGAUGAUAAAGAUAAAAACGUCUCGUGGUUAGUUGAGUUCUACGCCUCGUGGUCGCCGCCGAGCGUGAAUUUGGAACCCACGUUUGCAGACUUGAGCUGCAAGUACACUUCCGCGGACCUCAAGUUUGCAAAGUUGGAUCUCAUGAGAUGGCCUUAUGUCGGGGAAGACUUCGGUAUCAAUGUCUCUGGGACGAGCAAGCAGCUACCGACGCUCAUUUUAUUUGAAAAGGGAAAGGAAACGAUGCGCAUUCCUCACGUUUACAGGGAUGGAAGAAUUGCCCGUUCACGUUUGCGAGCGAGUGACUUAAUCGCCGCUUUCGGGCUUGACAACCGGAAGAAGAAGUCGACAAUCAAGGCGGAGUUCGCAAAGGCGAAAGAAUAG